AUGGCAGCCAAUGGGCAGUCUGGUGUCUCAACACCCAUUUCCUCAACGACAACGCUCUCUUUGGUAUCGGCUUCGACCGUCAUCGAAUUCAUCGCCUCUCGAUCAACUACCAGCUCCUCUGUCUUUGUUUACGAUGUUGCCGAACAGGUUGGCUUCGGCACACUCACUAAGUCGUGGGCCGGCGCGUCCAGUAACGAGGUUGCGUCGGUCGUGAGUCUGCAGACUCGCGCGGGUGCUGGCCUGAGCUUGGUCGGGAGGCUGUCCCAGGGGACGAGCAAGGAUGCAGGUGCGGUACUGACGGCAUAUACCACCCCAUCUGGACUGGCUGCUAUGGUCCAGUCACUGUCCUUCCUGCCUGCUCCUACUCCCAGCAGCAGGCUGAUCAUCCAAGUCCCGACUGUGACCCCAGUUGGUGACAGCUUUGCACUGUCCCCGACUCUUGCUUCGUUUACCCCAGCUCUCGCUAUUCUUCCCGAGACCUUUAGCGUCAUCCUCUCAGCCACCCCGCAAGAGGCCGUUGACCUCGCCGCCGUCUCAUACAGAGCGACAGACAGUCACGUCAUCCAUCUGUUCGACCACCACAGCUCUGCGCGCGAGACUGGCCAUUCUCUGGUGCCUACGCUUCCGGAGCAGGAGCCAGGCCUCUCUGUCAAAGAUGUUCUCAGCGCAGCCGGCUACAGCGCCUUCGACUAUGCUGGAGACCAGGGCGCCAGGACGGUCGUGGUGCUUUUGAACGGUCCCCUGGCGCUGUCCGCGAAAGCACUUGCCUCUAAGGUUCACGGUCUUGGCGUUGUUACCGUGCGCAUGCUCAGGCCAUGGGAUGAAGAGGCGCUACGGGCUGUCCUCCCACCCUCGGUGAAACAAAUCCAUGUUCUCGACGACGUCCCCACCGAGACGACUCAGGGUGUGCUCCACAUAGACGUGUUUUCGGCUGUCCUAGACCCUCUCAACUCGACCCCCGUGGUCAAGUCGCACCGCAUUGUCCCGGCACGCACGCAAGAGUUCGUCACGAAGCCGUCCGCGUUCGCGUCCUUCUUGUGCGACUUUGUAGCCACCACCGCUCCUGCAUCGCUCGACGUGUCGGUAGCCAAGAAAGUGCUAUUUUUCAGCACGCCGACCUCGCCGCUGUCUGGGCUGGCGCGUACGAUUGAGCAGACGUUCAUCGCGCCCAAAUCUAUCUCGGCGCGGUUGCUCACGGAUCAUGACGUCUUCUCGAAGCCGGGUGGUGUCACCGCGGAGCGAUUGAUCCUUGCGCCCAAGGACGAUAUGUCUGUGUCCGUGCCAGUGUCGAUCUCAUUGCCGCUCUCGUCCGAUAGCGCGGGAGAGGCGAAUUUUGUCGCGAUUCUGGACCAGGCCUUGCUCAAGUCGCAUUCGAUCGUUGCUCACGCUGCCCCAGGUGCUCCCGUGCUCGUUGUCACAUCGUGGACGGGCGCAGAGCUACUGUCAAAUAUCCCGGCUGAUGUCUUGACGGUGGUUCGCGAGAGGAACCUGCGCAUUUGUCUUGUAGACCCCAAGGCAGUGGCAGCCGGCACCGGUUCGCUGGAUGCGGCGGCAUUGGAAGCGGUCGAGAACCUUGUUUUGCAGACUGCCUUCCUCCGUCUAUAUCUUGGCCAGGCAGGCAGCAAGGAGAUCCUGCUCAAGCUCGUUCGCAAGACAGCCGGCGAACUUCCGGGUGUUUCUCUAGAGCAUAUCGUCGACGGAGCAUGGGAUGGGUUGGUCGAAGUCGAGAUUCUUGCCCCGGAGACCACGCCUGAGGCAGAUGCACCCAAGCCUUCGGUGCUAAAACAGUUCACGUUCAAUGCCAUUGCUGUCGAAACCGACGAUGGGGAGACCGUAGUGAACGGUGCUCGUUUAGCCUCUUGGCACGAUGCCGCAAAACACAUCAUGUUCCCGUCCGCCUUCACGCCGACGGGCGUCACCUUCCCCUCAGAGGACGAACCAGUGCAGCACCCCGCGCUGCGCCCCGAGGUUCCGGAGCGCACCUACCUCGUCACCUGCACGGUAAACAAACGGCUGACCCCGCUCGAUUACGACCGCAACGUGUUCCACUUGGAGUUCGACUCGCGCGGGACUGGCCUGAAGUACGAGAUUGGCGAGGCGCUCGGCGUGCACGGGUGGAAUGACGCGGAAGAGGUGCUCCACUUCUGCUCGUGGUAUGGCGUGGACCCGAACCAGCUUGUGACGCUGUCCGUGCCGGGCACGGAUGGCACGCGGAUGCACACACGAACAGUGUUCCAGGCGUUGCAGCAGCAGAUCGACCUAUUUGGGCGGCCGGGCAAGUCAUUCUACCCUGCCCUGGCUGAGUACGCAACGGAAAAGGCAGACCAGUAUGCGUUGCGAUUUAUCGGCUCGCCGGAGGGUUCGGCGACGUUCAAGAAGCUGAGCGAAAAAGACACAGUGUCGUUCGCGGAUGUCUUGCGGCGCUACGAGAGCGCGCGGCCGGGUGUGGAGGUGCUUUGCGAGCUCGUCGGGGAUAUCAAGCCGAGGCACUACAGUAUUGCAAGCGCACAGGCUGUCGUAGGCGAUCAGGUAGACCUGCUCGUCGUUAGCGUCGACUGGGUUACACCGAGUGGUACGCCUCGUUAUGGACAGUGCACCAGGUACUUGGCCGGCCUCAAGGUCGGUCAGAAAGUGACCGUCUCGUUGCGCCCGAGUGUCAUGAGGCUCCCACCAGACGACAAGCAGCCGAUCAUCAUGGCGGGUCUCGGUACGGGUGCGGCACCCUUCCGCGCUUUCCUUCAGUAUCGUGCAUGGUUGGCAUCGCAGUCCAUCCCUGUAGGACCGACGUACUACUACUUCGGCUCGCGUCACCGCUCGCAAGAGUACCUGUACGGAGAGGAGCUGGAGGCGUUCAUGGCUGACGGGGUCAUCACGAAGGCCGGCCUGGCGUUCUCGCGAGAUGGGCCGCACAAAGUGUACAUCCAGCACAAGAUGAAGGAGGAUGGGGUGGACCUGGCUAGGAUGCUGUGGGAUGAGCAAGCCGUGUUCUACCUGUGCGGGCCGACGUGGCCUGUGCCAGAUGUGUACGAGGCACUGGUCGAAUCGCUCGUCAAGCACACUGGGAAGGAUGCGGUGGAGGCCGGCGCGUUCCUGGAGGGCCUGAAGGAAGAGGAGCGGUAUGUGCUCGAGGUGUACUAAUUAGCGUUCAUGACGGUCACGGCAUACUAGACGAAAGCCACAGGCUGUCGCUAGAGUUCUGCAUGUGCGAUAUAUAUAUAACAGUGCACGGCCCACAUAAA